AUGCGAACGCGCCACUACCUGACGUGCAGUUGCUUGGACGCUCCGUGUGACGCAGCGUGGAUGACGCUGUACAAACACGGUCGCGAUUCCAACUUUUUAAAUGCCACGAGCCUCACGAGAUCUGCGUUUCACAAGUUACUGCGCAGAUUUGCGCGGUUCUACCACAUUCCUUCACUUGGAAGAAGGGGUCGCCCCCCAAGGCUUCGCUACUACCACCAAGCUCUCGGCCUCAUUCUCUGCUUCUACGUGGGGUCCAUGGAAAAUGGGACUCUCUGCAUGCUCUUUGGCGUGCCCCCCAAUACGUUGUCUCGAACGCUGCGCAGAGCUGAAGAGGCGUUGUGCUGUGCACUUAAAGACUUCGCUCCAGCCCGGAUCUCCUGUCCAUCGCCGGCUCGACAGAGAGAGCUGGCGGACAUGGUAAACGCGCGUGAGCCUCUGCUACACCACACGUUUGGGUUUAUAGACGGCAAGAACUUCCGGGUGCAACAACCGUCUAAUGCAGAUCUGCAAAACGCAAUGUACAACGGAUGGUUACACUCCGUUCUGGUCACCGACACUUCUUUGGGAUUCCGCAUGAAACUACUCGAUCCUACAUACUGCCCGGACGUGCGGAUGAACGUCGUGUCGGAUUCGGCGUUCCCCUGCUCCACGGCGAUGAAAGGGAGGAUACUAACACCUUUGAAGGACGGGGAUCUCGAAAGGAUUCAACCAUCGCUACGAAGCUCGGCGCGCACUUUGCACAACGCCAUCACUUCUGUGAGGCAGGCAGCGGAGUGGGGCAUGGGCAGUGUGCAGAAGGUUUACAGUCGCUUGAACUUGCCACUGCCCUACGACCCAAUGCUCCGUGGUCUGAGACUGAACAAUCUAUUCCGGAUGCCUAACUACCGUGUCAGGACGGUGGGCAUUUCGGAAAUCCGAACGACGUUUACGGGCGCGAUGGAGAUCGCCCUGUAG